CCACUGCAAAUCUCUCCUUCUCUACCUUCACCUCUAACUCUCUUCAACCCUCUCCUUUACAGCCAUAAAAAACACCUCCCUGAACCAUGACCCGACCAACCUCCCUCCUCGCCCUCACCCGGAGAGGACUCUCCCACGCCUCCUCCCCGCGCGCCGCCCUCUCCCUCGCUCCCCGAACCCAUCUCCGCCAGCCCAAGCCCCAAUCGCAAAUCCACACCACCACCACCACCACCACCACCAACCCCCGACAAAACAACCUCACAAUCACCUCUCGAACAACCCCGUCCCGCCCCAAUCGUCUGUCUCCCUCCACGCGCACCUACCACUCCGACCACCACCCCACCCAACCCCACGACUACACCAACUCGCAAACCACCAUCCUCUCCGCCGCCCUCCACCACGUCCCCACGCACGGCUUCUCCCGCAACGCCCUCACCCUGGGUGCCCGCGACGCCGGCUUCCUGGAUGUCUCCGUGCAGCUCCUCCCCCGCGGCGAAUUCGACCUGAUCCUCUUCUGGCUCGCCAGCCGCCGCGGCCUCCUGCGCUCCAAGGUCGAAUCCGAUGGCCUGUUCUCGGCCGGCCCCGUGCUCUCCGUCGACGACAAGAUCCAGAUCCUGUUGAUGGAGCGCUUGCGCAUGAACGCCGAGGUCAAGGAUCAAUGGCAGGAUGCAUUGGCAGUCAUGUCCCUCGGAGAAAACAUCCCCCUCUCCCUUUCGGAACUGCACGCCCUGGCGGACGAUAUCCUCAACCUGGCGGGUGACAAGUCCGUCGACGCCUCGUGGUACUCGAAGCGCAUGGCGGUGGCGGCGGUGUACGCGGCCUCGGACUUCGUGAUGACCCGCGACACGAGUGCCGGGCUGCGCGAGACGGAGGAGUUCGUGGCGCGUCGGUGGGCGGAUGCCCGCGCUGUCGGGGAUAAGCUCACGGGGGUGAGGGAGUGCCUGGGAUUUAUGGGGUCGACGGCGGUGGGGUUGGGACGGAGUUGGGGGUUGAAGAUAUAAGAAAGAGAAAACAGGGGAGUCUGGUAUCAUAUUUAAUUAUCUUUUUAGAUCUUGUUCAUCGAGAGCAUUCGCCGCUUGUAUACUGUUCUAGGGUUUGGAUAUGUGAUUUACAAGAUAUUAUACACGAUAGGGG